CCCGCACACCACGCGGCGUUUAACACCAGCGAAGAAGAAGCAGUAUCUGUGCUAAAGGGCUCGCGCGGCGGCGACCUGUGUGCAGUUUCAGCAUUAAAUCGGUUAAAGUGUGAAUAAAGUGUGAAUAAAGUGCAGGAUGCUGCCGAACACAGGGAAGCUGUCGGGAUGCACGCUGUUCAUCACCGGAGCGAGUCGAGGCAUCGGUAAAGCCAUCGCCCUGAAAGCUGCCCGAGACGGUGCCAACGUGGUGAUUGCAGCCAAAACCGCUGAGAAACACCCAAAACUGCCUGGAACCAUCUACACCGCCGCUGAGGAGAUUGAAGCGGCAGGCGGGAAAUCCCUCGCGUGUGUCGUUGAUGUUCGUGAUGAGAAGCAGAUUAGCGAGGCGGUGGAGAAAGCUGUGCAGAAGUUCGGAGGCAUCGACAUCGUGGUGAACAACGCCAGCGCCAUCAAUCUGACGGGUACGCUGGACACGCCCAUGAAGAAAGUGGACCUCAUGCUGGGCAUCAAUCUCAGAGGGACGUAUCUGACGUCUAAACUCUGCAUCCCGCAUCUGUUAAAGAGUAAAAACCCUCACAUCCUCAACCUCAGCCCUCCUCUCAACCUCAAUCCCAUCUGGUUUAAGAACCACACGGCUUACACCAUGGCCAAAUACGGGAUGUCCAUGUGUGUCCUCGGGAUGGCUGAAGAAUUCCGUGGCUCUAUCGCCGUUAAUGCGCUGUGGCCUCGUACAGCCAUUCAGACGGCGGCGAUGGAGAUGAUCGGGGGAUCCGGAGUGGAGAAGCAGUGCAGGAAGGUGGACAUCAUGGCGGACGCCGCCUACGCCGUCCUCAGCAAACCCGUCAGCUACACAGGACACUUCCUCAUAGACGAUGACAUCCUCAAGAAUGAGGGCGUUAAAGACUUUGACGUGUACGCGGUGCAGCCAGGUCAUCAGUUGCUUCCUGACUUCUUCCUGGAUGAAGAUCCUGAGACACUCAGGAAGCAGCUGGAGGAUGCAGGAAAAUCGAGUGCUGAAGUUCCCGCCAGCCCCAUCGCCGACACCUUCACUGUGAUUAAAGGCGUGAUCAGCCCUGAGGUUGUUAAAUCCACACAGGGGGUCUACAGAUUCGAGCUGUCCGGGGAACAUCCCGGGGUUUGGUACAUCGACAUGAAGAACGGUGCUGGUGGAGUCGGCAGCGGAGAGCCUCCAGUCAAAGCGGACGUGGAGAUGAGUUUGGACAGCGACGACUUCAUCAAGAUGUUCUCAGGGAAAUUGAAGCCCACGAUGGCUUUCAUGUCCGGGAAGCUGAAGAUUAAAGGUGACAUGUCUCUGGCCAUCAAAAUGGAGAAGAUGAUGGCGCUGAUGAACAAGUCGAAGCUGUGAUGAAGACAAACAUCAAACUCAUCACCGUGUCUGAUCCGACUGAACACGCCUCCUAAUUUCUUAUUAAUCCAUGUGUUCAUUUUUAUAGAUAACGCUGUAGAAACAAACCAGGUCAAAGUUUGCAGACCUAUUACGCCUUUUCAGAGAUGAGCCUUUAAAAGUGUGUUAAUGUUAAUAACAGUCAACAAAAAUAAUAAAAUAAUAUUUCUACA